CCCGCUGGCCGCAGAGACUCGGCCCCGCGGCGGGGGCGGCGGCCGCGGGCGGUUCUCGCUGUCCAGCUCUGCGCGGGGCCGAGCGGGCGGCGCUGCCCGGUGUGAUGCGUUGAGCGCGGAGAGGGCCGAGCGCCCGGCUAGUCCGCGGCACCCGGAGCCGACCCCAUGGAAGCGGCGGGCACCGGGCGGAGCCUGUGGGCGCCGCCGCUUCUGCUUCUGCUGCUGCUCCUCCUGCAGGUGGCAGGGCCGGCGGGCACCCUGGCGGAGACCUUGCUGGACGCUCCGAAGGCCAUGGGCACCAGCUCCAGCCCGCCCAGCCCCGCGAGCGUGGUGGCUCCUGGAACGACGCCGUUCGAGGAGAGCCGGCUGCCCGUGUUUACCCUGGAUUACCCCCACGUUCAGAUCCCCUUCGAGAUCACCCUGUGGAUCUUGCUAGCCUCCCUGGCCAAGAUUGGCUUCCAUCUCUAUCACAAACUGCCCACGAUAGUGCCUGAGAGCUGCCUUCUCAUCAUGGUUGGACUUCUGCUCGGCGGGAUUAUUUUUGGCGUUGAUGAGAAGUCUCCCCCUGCGAUGAAGACUGAUGUGUUUUUCUUAUAUCUCCUCCCACCCAUCGUGCUUGAUGCUGGCUAUUUCAUGCCCACUCGCCCUUUCUUUGAGAACAUUGGCACCAUUUUCUGGUAUGCUGUGGUAGGGACACUUUGGAACUCCAUUGGCAUUGGGGUGUCUCUGUUUGGUAUUUGCCAGAUCGAAGCAUUUGGCCUCAGUGACAUCACUUUGCUCCAGAACCUGCUCUUUGGCAGCUUGAUCUCAGCUGUGGACCCCGUGGCUGUGCUUGCUGUCUUUGAGAACAUUCACGUCAACGAGCAGCUCUACAUCCUGGUCUUUGGAGAGUCCCUGCUGAAUGACGCGGUCACAGUGGUCCUGUACAACUUGUUUAAGUCCUUUUGCCAGAUGAAAACCAUUGAGACCAUCGAUGUGUUUGCGGGAAUCGCUAACUUCUUCGUUGUGGGAACCGGUGGAGUGUUGAUUGGCAUCUUCCUGGGAUUUAUAGCGGCAUUUACUACUCGAUUCACACAUAAUAUCCGAGUGAUUGAGCCACUCUUUGUUUUCCUGUACAGUUAUUUGUCCUACAUAACAGCUGAAAUGUUUCACCUCUCAGGCAUCAUGGCAAUCACGGCUUGUGCAAUGACUAUGAAUAAGUAUGUGGAAGAAAAUGUAUCUCAGAAAUCUUACACGACCAUCAAGUACUUCAUGAAGAUGCUGAGCAGUGUCAGCGAGACCUUGAUCUUUAUCUUCAUGGGCGUGUCCACCGUUGGGAAGAACCAUGAGUGGAACUGGGCCUUCGUCUGCUUCACGCUGGCCUUCUGCCUCAUCUGGAGAGCACUGGGUGUCUUUGUCCUGACUCAGGUCAUUAAUUGGUUCCGGACCAUUCCCCUGACCUUUAAGGAUCAGUUCAUCAUCGCCUAUGGAGGACUCCGGGGUGCCAUCUGUUUCGCACUGGUGUUUCUCCUUCCUGCUGCUGUGUUUCCUCGGAAAAAGCUGUUCAUCACAGCUGCCAUUGUUGUCAUAUUCUUUACUGUCUUCAUUCUGGGAAUAACUAUCCGACCACUGGUGGAGUUUCUUGAUGUUAAGAGAUCCAAUAAGAAACAGCAAGCUGUCAGUGAAGAAAUCCAUUGUCGGUUUUUUGAUCAUGUGAAGACUGGGAUUGAAGAUGUUUGUGGACAUUGGGGUCACAACUUUUGGAGAGACAAGUUUAAGAAGUUUGAUGAUAAAUACCUGCGGAAGCUUUUAAUUCGGGAAAACCAACCCAAGUCAAGCAUUGUGUCAUUAUAUAAAAAGCUUGAAAUAAAACAUGCCAUUGAGAUGGCGGAGACUGGGAUGAUAAGUACUGUUCCUUCUUUCGCAUCUCUAAAUGAUUGUCGUGAAGAAAAAAUAAGGAAGCUCACACCUGGUGAAAUGGAUGAAAUUCGAGAAAUACUAUCAAGAAAUCUCUAUCAGAUCCGUCAGCGAACUUUGUCCUACAACAGACACAAUUUGACAGCCGACACGAGCGAGAGACAAGCCAAGGAGAUUCUGAUCCGCCGGCGGCACAGUUUGCGAGAGAGCAUCAGGAAAGACAACAGCUUGAAUCGAGAGCACAGGGCUUCCACUUCAACCUCCCGAUAUUUAUCCUUACCUAAAAAUACAAAGCUUCCAGAAAAGCUACAAAAGAAAAAGAAUAUUUCAAAUGCAGAUGGCAAUAGCAGUGACUCAGACACAGAUGCAGGGACCACCGUGCUCAAUUUGCAGCCCCGAGCCAGGCGCUUUUUGCCAGAACAGUUCUCCAAGAAAGCCCCCCCGGCUUAUAAAAUGGAAUGGAAGAACGAAGUAGAUGUUGAUUCCAGCCCAAGGCGGCCCAGUACCCCGCCAGCACCCCGCAGCAAAGAGGGGGGCACUCAGACGCCAGGCCUACUACGGCAGCCCCUUCUCUCCAAAGACCAGUUUGGCCCUGGGAGGGAAGACAGUUUGACUGAAGGCGUCCCACCCAAGCCACCACCGAGGCUGGUCCGGAGGGCAUCGGAACCCGGAAACCACAAAGCCCGAUUCAGGAGCGAGAAGCCUUGAAGGACACAGCCAAAGCAGACCUGAGUGACUGGCCCAGCUCGGCUGUGGUUUGUUACCCCGAAACCUGGCACAGCCAUCCACUUAAAACUGUGCAUCUAAAUACUUUGCUCGGGAGGUAGAGUCAUGCCACUGAUGAAUGGGAUUAAUGCUUAUCUCAAGAAAAGGAAAAUCAAAGAAAAAAUGUCCCACAAAAUGCCUUUUGUGACUUAUGGCUAGAGGCUGUAUUCUUUGCAGGCCUGAAGGAAAAAUAGUGUGCCUUUAUUGAACUUGAACGACAGAACUUGAAAUUUUUAAUGCACCCUUGUUGGUGAAAAUUUUAAUAUAUUACAUAUAUGUCUCAAAUGUUAUUUAUGGAAAAAAUAUGUAUAUCUGUAGUUAGUUUUUAAGUGAAUGCCACUAAAAGUACGGAGGAUGUCUGUACAGGGGUAGAGAAUGGUUCCUGGAGGACAGGUCCCAAGCUCAGGGCAAGGGCCUUUCCCUGUGCUGAGCUGAUGGACCAGGCCCUACACAGAGACACCUCCUGACUGGAACUGGGAGAGCAAUCAGUGUGCCCCAGCAGACGCAGUGGCCUGGCUCCCAGAGCCCAGACGGGAGGUCCCGAGACACUUAUGAAAUAAUGAGAAUCAGCUGGUUUUUAAUUUGUUCCUCUGUUGUGUGUUUGGGGGUGACUUGUAAGUUCCAUCUCCCCUUCUUGUUUAAGCGGUGCAAAGAGGAACACUGCCUGGGAGAAACCAGCUUAUAGUGUUUGACAGACCUGGUCACCUGUGAGGGCCCAUGUGGUCAGUGGGGACUUGGGGCAGCGCCUGCUUACAGCUUGUGGGUGGGUUUUCUGUUGUGCAAUACUCGGAGGAGGGUGCAGGUGAUUCCUUUCUUGCCCGUCUGUGACCACCUGCUUCAGUAGAAUUUUUCUGUAAAACAUUCUUGAACUUCGAGCCUCCAGGUAAGAGGCUCCAAGUAGACAAAGAUGAAAAUUUCUAUAAAUGGUAUUCCAAUGUGUAACAAAUUGGUGAGAUUUCAGGUUUUGGAUUUUAUUCAGGAAGCACUUUGGAGACGGUGGGAGCCCUGUUUUCUUUGCACUAGUCUGUAAUUUGUUACCUCUUCCCCUUAAGUAAUGUAGUAACUCGAAUUUUUUAUAUAAAAUUGAAUUCUACUCAUUGGAGUACUUUUUAAGAGUAUAGCAGAAAGAAAAGAAGUAGAACAUAAUCAUUAAAGAUUAAUAUUUGAAUCUCUGUCUCUUAAACUGUAGAUUUUAUUGGCCUGU